AAAACAAAGCUACGGAAAGAAGGAAGAGCAUCGCCGCUCCUUCUUCUUCAUCAAUUCGCCGAUCGCACCAGACGAGGGAGGGACUGACUUCGUCGGAGCUUUGCUGGAAAAACUGAGCGCCAGAAAGCCGUUGCUCCUCUGUGCCGACUCCUCGAUCGCCGAAGCAGCCCAUCGUCACCAGCCUCUUGUUCGGUUGCUGAUUUAUUUUAGUUCGUCUUCAAUUAAUCGAGGUUACAGGAACGAUGAAUAAUGAGACGAUCUUGGAGGCAGCGAGGGCGAAGAGAUGGAUGGAUGCUAGCUGGAGGAACAGAAAGAGUGUGAAGAAUCUGAGUGUUCCAGACGCGAGUCGUCCUGAGCUUGCUUUCCAGCUCCUUCGUAAGGGAGCAUAUGAGUGGUGGAAGCGCGCAGACGAGAAAGCGCCUAAGCCUUGGACAUGGGAGCAUUUUGAUUGGGCAUUCAAGAAGGAGUAUAUACCAGCCCGCUACAGAGAAGAGAAACGUACGGAGUUUAUGGAGCUAAAGCAAGGAGACAUGACUCUUCCCGAGCUUCGACAGAAGUUUGACCACCUAGCCCAGUUCGCGACUACGCUGGUAGCCACGCCGGCCGACCGUAUUGAAGAAUUUCGUAAGAGGCUGCGUCCCAACAUUCGACCAUAUGUAUCCAUCCUGACCACUACAGACUUCUCUAAGGCUUACGAUCUCAUGGCAAAAGCAGAAAAAGAUGUGGAUGAUUACAAGGCCAGCUUGAAGGCCGAGGAAGGAGGACCCAAUACACGCCCAACUAAAACGCAAAAACAAAGCUACGGAAAGAAGGAAGAGCAUCGCCGCUCCUUCUUCUUCAUCAAUUCGCCGAUCGCACCAGACGAGGGAGGGACUGACUUCGUCGGAGCUUUGCUGGAAAAACUGAGCGCCAGAAAGCCGUUGCUCCUCUGUGCCGACUCCUCGAUCGCCGAAGCAGCCCAUCGUCACCAGCCUCUUGUUCGGUUGCUGAUUUAUUUUAGUUCGUCUUCAAUUAAUCGAGGUAACAGGAACGAUGAAUAAUGAGACGAAAUCAAGCAAGAAACUUUAAAAACCACGUCAUUUGAGUGAAAACCACGGCUAGCCAAGUUUAUGCCGUUUUGAAUGAUUUUUGUCAAACGACCAAAAGCGAAAGAUGGUUUUCAAGGUGUUUUUGUUGGAGAACCGUUUAAACAUGCCAAAGAGUGAAAACAAAUCAUAAAAGUUGUUGAGAUUUGUUGUUUGUUGAAUUGGGAAAUCGGAAGUGAGAGUUCAAUUGAUUUCAUCAAUGAGGGUUUGUUCGUCUGGGUUUAAUCCUCAGACCGAGGAAGUCCCGGGUAUGCUGGCCGAUUUCUGCUUCAAUACUACUUGAUUAGUGAUCUGUGUCAGUGCCAAGGGAAAAACUUUCAAUAUCAUGUCAACCAAAGUCACAAUGUCAAAGAUUAUAAUGCAUACUGACAAUCAUGUCAUUGCAUAAUGCCAAACAUGUUAUUGCGUAAUGACAAACAUGUUAAUAUAAAAUGUAAAAAAGAAAGUGAAAUGUCAAGAUUGCCAAUAUAGAAUGUCAAGUUUCUUAUCACUAUCACUAAAUUUUGCUAAAAUUGGGAGCAAUUUAAACAUUACUAAUUGAAAAAUAACCAAACAAAAAAAUUAAAAAAAAAACAAUCCAAUACAAAAAUGAAAAAGAAAAAACCAACCCAAAA